AAGGCUGAAACUGCCAAGUUUGCGUCUGUCUGCGUGAUGGGGUGAGCAGGCCCCAGUGCUGGGACCCAGGAGCCUAAACCUUCGCGCAGGCCCACUCCUUCCGUUGACCCAAAAGGAAACUGAACCCAGAGAGGCCCGUGGGCGUGGCUUGCCCGGGUCGCACAGGUGAGAGAACAACUUCAGUGAUGGUAAACCGUCUUGCUGAAAGACAGAGCUAAUAAGGGGUGGAGCUGGCAUGUCGUUCCAAAGCCAGUACUGUGCACUAAAUCAGAUUUCAUGUUUCUUUUCUACAAGUGAUUUCUCAGAUCACAGUUCUCUGCUGACAUUUGAGUUGGAUUUGAAUGUUUGGAGAAUUCCUGCAGCUUUGUAAUUUCAGAGGUGUAAUCAGCUGAAAAAUUCACCUUUUGAGGAGUUCUGUGUUUUGCCCGUCAUCUCGUGUAACUGAGUGCCAAGGGAGACCACAGGUUCCUGCCAACUCCUGUCCAGUUAGUUGGCAUCUGGCAACUUUUAUCAACAACUCAACUUGAAACUUUAAUAAAGAAUGUAUAAGGGUCUCCGAAGAGGCGCUCCUUGUGCCUAGGGCUUGAAUCACAGGAGGGCAGAUGCCGGGUCUGUCUCACACACCAAGAAACCCUGGGGCGAUGGAAGCCUGUCUGCAGCUGCAUCCUAAGGAAGGACUCCAUGAAAGAUGACAGAAGAAGUUAUUGUUAUAGCAAAGUGGGACUACAUUGCCCAACAGGACCAGGAGCUUGACAUCAAGAAAAAUGAGCGCCUGUGGCUGCUGGAUGACUCCAAGACGUGGUGGCGGGUGAGGAAUGCAGCCAACAGGACAGGCUACGUGCCGUCCAACUACGUGGAGAGGAAGAACAGCCUGAAGAAGGGCUCCCUGGUGAAGAACCUGAAGGACACACUAGGCCUCGGCAAGACCAAGAGGAAGACCAGCGCGCGGGACGCGUCCCCAACGCCCAGCACGGACGCUGAGUACCCCGCCAACGGGGGCGGCGCCGACCGCAUCUACGACCUCAACAUCCCGGCCUUCGUCAAGUUCGCCUAUGUGGCCGAAAGGGAAGAUGAGCUGUCCCUGGUGAAGGGGUCACGUGUCACCGUCAUGGAAAAGUGCAGCGAUGGCUGGUGGCGCGGCAGCUACAAUGGGCAGAUCGGCUGGUUCCCCUCCAACUAUGUCCUGGAGGAGGUGGACGAGGCGGCAGCCGAGUCCCCUAGCUUCCUGAGCCUGCGGAAGGGCGCGUCCCUGAGCAACGGCCAGGGCGCCCGCAUCCUGCACGUGGUCCAGACGCUGUACCCCUUCAGCUCUGUCACUGAGGAGGAGCUCAACUUCGAGAAGGGAGAGACCAUGGAGGUGAUCGAGAAGCCCGAGAAUGACCCGGAGUGGUGGAAAUGCAAAAACGCCCGGGGGCAGGUCGGCCUUGUCCCCAAAAACUACGUGGUGGUCCUCAGCGACGGGCCUGCCCUGCCCCCAUCGCAGGUCCCGCAGAUCAGCUACCCGGGACCCGCAGGCAGCGGGCGCUUCGCGGGCAGAGAGUGGUACUACGGGAACGUGACGCGCCACCAGGCCGAGUGCGCCCUCAACGAGCGGGGCCGCGAGGGCGACUUCCUCAUUAGGGACAGCGAGUCCUCGCCCAGUGACUUCUCCGUGUCUCUCAAAGCAUCAGGGAAGAACAAGCAUUUCAAGGUGCAGCUUGUGGACAAUGUCUACUGCAUCGGGCAGCGGCGGUUUCACACCAUGGACGAGUUGGUGGAACACUACAAAAAGGCCCCCAUCUUCACCAGCGAGCAUGGGGAGAAGCUCUACCUCGUCCGAGCGCUUCAGUGAUGUUCCCCCACCCCCCGCGGCCCCCGCCACCUCCCGGCCUUGGUGCCACACUCACUUCCCCAGAGCCGAGCGGAUGGCCCCAAGAAGACUUGGUUGGUCAUGGGCUCUCCUUCAGAGGGUCCUCUCUGUCCGGUGGCUCAUCCCCUAUUGGCUUCCUUUACCUGGUUGAUCUUUCUGUCCAGGUCGUUUGUUUCCAUCUUCCUCCCCUUCGCCAUCCCAGGUCCUCACUCCAUGUUCAAGGCCACGUGGCUCCUGGCCAGUUUUAGAGGACGGCAGGUGGAAAAGAGGCGAGUUUAUUCACUUUAUUCCUUCUCCGUUGGAAACAGCCUUAGUCUGUUCAACUUGUUCACGCUAUCAGCACCCUUCAGUAAGAAGACACUGGGCACAGUUGGAAUGCACCGAAGCUGCUGUUGACAAAGGGACCUACAGUGCACUCCAGAGGUGGCGUCUCAGGAGUGCUCACGGCUCUCGCAUACCAGGCAGCACCAGCGAAACGCCCUGGUCCCAGCAGCCCUUGUCUGUGUCCUCUGCCUUUACCUAGCUCCCAAGCUCUCCAGGGAGUCCGCACAUGUGCUGGUGGCAAUCCUGGAACCACCGGGGAGAUAGUAGUGAGGAAGCUGUCCAGUGCCUUUGGGGCUGUGCUUGCAAUAAAGAAUUUCCUUGGAGGCCAGUCUGCAAGAGGGACCGGUGACUCAGAAAGACAGAUGUUUUGGUAAUUUACCCCCAAAUGUGCCAUCUGCCUAGUGCUUUUUCCUCUCGCCCUUUGGCUUGUUUAAAUUUCACAAUUAUGUAUUUAAUUCUCAAAGUAAUGUGUAUCUGAAGCCAUUUGUUGACACUAAUACAGAUGAUUAAGGAAAACAGCUGAUCUUUGGGGAAGGGGAGUUACCAACACUUUAUACACACACACCAUAUAUAUAUAUAUAUAUAUAUAUAUAUAUAUAUAUAUAUAUAUAUAUAUAUAUAUAUAUAUAUAUAUAUGUUAUUUGCUUUACAGGGAAGUUUUUCAGGGUUUACAAAAGAAUAUGUGAUUGGUAGUAAAAGACACACAGAAUGUUUAUGAAGAAAUUGCAUUUUCUUUUUUCUUUACAUUUGAACUUCUUUAUAGUUUAAAUAUACAGUCUUGAGAUGGCACAUUCCUACAGUUGAAAAAGGGGUCUUCAGGCCUCCUAAACUUGCAUACUCAGUUUUUUGGAUAUUGUAAUUAAAAAAAGUAUUAUGACAAGA